UUUAUCAAAUAUGUCAAGUAAUAAUAAUAAUGCCCAACAAGUUCAUCCAGCUCAAAACGACGACGUCGAAACAGCAACGAUGGAAUCCAAUUCUAAGGAAGUACACCACAAGAAAAGUAUGAAACGACUAUGCUACGUGGCACUUCUCGUAUUGCUCUUAUCGAUGGUAGUUUUGUUGUUUACAACAACAAUCUUUCAUGUCCACACUCCCAAGUUUCUAAUUCGAUCAAUGACCAUUGAUGAGCUCAGUACUAAGAGUAGCAAAAAUAAUGCCAUUGUUAUGAAAUUUGAAGCUGAAAUUGGCAUAAAGAAUACCAACUUCGGCAAAUUCGAAUUCGAAAAGGCCUCAGUUGGGUUCUUCUACAGGGGGGCUCAUGUUGCUCUAGUCGAGGGUGAUGGGUUUGUUGGGGAAGGCAAAGUCAAAGCUCGGUCAACUAAGAAGAUUCAGUUCACAGGUGAAAUAAGGACCAGAAAUAAUUCGAUUUUGGUUGAUGAUAAUGAUAUUAUAUCAGGGUUUUUGACUUUGACUGGUAAAGCCAAACUGAGUGGGACAGUUCACUUGUUAAAGUUGAUCAAGAGAAAAAGAUCUUCUGAAAUGAAUUGCACUGUCACUAUUAAUUUGUAUGAAAAAGUUGUCCAAGAUAUAAAUUGCAAAUAGAAACUAUAAUUAAUUAAAUUUUGAUGGUUCUUGAGUCUCCAGUAGUGUCCUGUAAUGUGUUCUUCAUUUUACACAAAUAUAAGUCUUUUUUUAUUACAUAAUUUCAGAUUAAUUCAAAUAAUUAGGUAGAUAGUACCGUAAUUAUUA